AUGGAUCCUCUCCGCUCAAACCCUACCAACACGGAGGCCAGUUCCUCAAGGAACCCGAACCCGAACCCGACCCCGACCCCGACCCCGAACCAGCAUCUUUCCCAUCUACCUCACGAACCACAACUCUCCCCUUCGCCCUCAAACACCUCGCCAUCUGAGCCCUCACACGAGCCUCAAUUCGCCCCUGGCCAUCCUUCCAACCCACGAAACUGGCCCUCCUGGCGCAAAUGGUCCAUAGUCUUCGCUAUAACCUUGGUCGACCUCUCCGUCUCCUGGGGAGCGUCCGGCUACGCGCCAGCCGAGAAGCAGAUGCAAGCAGAGUUCGGAGUCUCAGCAGAAGUCGGCACUCUGGGUCUCUCCCUCUACAUCCUCGGCCUCGCACUCGGUCCUAUGACCCUCGCGCCCCUAUCAGAGUAUUUCGGACGAAGUCCCAUCUACAUCCUAUCCUACGGCGUCUUCCUCCUCUUCCUGCUCGGCACGGCUUUGGUCCAGGAUCUCGGGGGCUUCCUGGUCUUAAGACUGCUAUCAGGCAUGUUCUCUUCUGUCACGGUUGCGAACUUUGGAGGUACCAUCGCAGAUUUAUGGGAUUCUCAUGAUACUGGGAUCCCGAUGUCUAUCUAUCUGUGGGCAGCUACAUGUGGUUCUCCAUCCGGAUAUUUCCUGUUCGCUUUCGUGGCUGGGACUCGCGGGUUUAGAGAUGUGUUUUGGGCUCUGCUAGGCGUGUGUGGCGCGUUCUGGGUCAUCAUGGUGCUCACCCUCAGAGAAACGAGGCAUAAUAUCAUCCUGGCUCGAAUGGGACGCACACCACCCUCACAGGGCUCCCAUGGGAUCCCGCGAGUGCAGCGGGUCAAAAAAGCCGCGUCGCAACUUGCGCAGACCGCGCUGAAGCGGCCGUUUAUCUUCCUGUAUACAGAAUCCAUCAUCCAGUUCAGCGCCCUGUAUAACGGGUACCUCUACGGCCUCUCCUUCCUCUUCAACUCGGCCUUCGUGAUCGUUUUUGGGCCUUCGGGCCACGGCUUCGACACCAUCCACACCGGACUCUGCUUCCUCGGCAUUUCCAUAGGCAUAUCGAUCGGCCCGUUCACCAGCUACCUCUUCCAAGAACCGUACUACCAGCGGAAGGUCAAGGAGAGCGGCGAGCGGAAUGCGCCCGAAGCGAGAGUCAUGAUGGGCAAGAUUGCGAGUGUCGCGCUUCCCAUCAGCUUAUUCUGGUUUGCGUGGACGAGUGACCAAAGUGUGCAUUGGAUCGUGCCGAUCCUGGCGAGUGGGCUGUGGGGGUGGAGCUUCUACACAUUGAUUCUGAUGACCUAUACUUAUACUGAAGACUCCUACAAGACUUUCUCCGCGUCAGCGCUCGCGGGCAUCGGCCUCAUCCGCAACAUAGCUGGAGCCGGCUUCCCGCUCUUCGGAAGACAGAUGUACCACAGACUCGGCAACCAAGGCGCCACAAGCUUGCUGGCCGGCCUGGCCUGUCUCAUGGUGCCGAUCCCGUUCAUCCUGGAUCGCUAUGGCUUUAGACUCAGGAAGCAGAGUCCGUGGGCUAGUAUGCACGUGGAGAGCGCGGAGGACGAAAGGCCAGGCUCAGACGGUAGGAGGCGUGCAAGUGACGAGGAGCGGCUGCGACAGUGA